CCUUCGCGUCGUUGGUGAAGUAUCUGUUGCACGACGGGCAAAUAAAUAUUGGCCCGAGACAAAAUCCACGUCUUGCGGCAUGCGCUGACUUAUGUUUCUGUGUCGCCGCCCUUUGCUUCAUCGACUGUACACCUUGCAACCAAGAUUAACACCAGGAUUACCGUUUCUCUCAAAUCGCGCCCAUUUUUCAUCCACAUAUGGACUACCGAACCCCCAUCCUAAUACAGACGAUUCAGCUUCUUCCAGCUCGGCUGAAACGAAAGAUGUUGGAACGCGAACAUGGACUCCUGUCAAUAUGACUUUACAAGAAUACAUAUCUUCCCGGCCCAAGGCAUGCCACAAGGUGCACAUAGCUACAUUGCUUCGCCUUCUGAAAGAAGCUGUCAAGAGCAAUAACAAACUUGCGGUAGGAUACGUUGCUGCCGACAUAUUACACCUACGCGCGGAUCCGGAGCGAAACCGAGCGCUGCGACACCUUAUUCUCGACACCGAACAUAGGCUCAUUUGGCCUAAUACUAUCUUGGCCAUACUUAACGCGCUUGCAUGGGGUAGUCAACUCGACAAGUUUACUGACUACCAUCUUAAAACGCUUGCACAUCGCAUUACGGUCGAACGUGAACGGACGCCUUUUGCUGGUGAUUUUAGUGUCUUGUUGCACUCCAAUAUUAUGCGCAGACUUGAGCUGCUCCAUCGUGUUCCUGUUGGUGCAAGGUCUGUAUCAUAUGAACUGCCGGACAUAGUUGAGGCUGCAUUCGAGCUUCUGUCCUAUCUUCUUUUGUUGAAGAAUGAGAGUUUGAUUCUCGAGCUCUUUCAGGCGCUCACAGAAAAGCUCUUCAUUCCCCCCGAGGCCGUACAACAGGCGCCUACCACUUCGACCGACUUUUACUACAUUGUUUCGGUGACCCUUUCCCGAGCAUGCUUGUACUGGUACAAACGUGGUCUCGCUCAUCGCCUACUUCUCAGAUAUCUUCCCUCCGGUGUAGAUCUGACGACUGCUAUUCGACAGAAAAACGCAUCUCUAAAUUCUCCGACUCCGUCGCCGGCAGAUGAACAGUCCAUAGAAGAACCACAGCAGUCCCUAGAUCCCCAAUUACUUGACCUCAUCACUGACACCUUAUACGCGACUCUCCGGAAUCCCAAUCUUUUCGAGCUCGAACUCUGUGUUGAUGUCAUCUCUCGAGUUCAUCUAUUAGCCCCCAUUCAAGGCGGUAUUAUUCGCUUGGUUUAUACAGCCGCUACAGAAUGUAACUCUGGCAAUGUUGCUAGAAGACUGUAUGCAUUCACACGCGAGCCUGCUAUCGAAAAAGAACAUCAUUAUCCUGGUCCCCAAGGUCGAGCAAUAUUGUUCCUGAUGGCCUUUCUUACCCAAGAGAAGGGAAACACUCACUUGGCCCGUGUUCUUGCAAACGAAGUCGUAGAGAAUGAUACAUUCCUUCCAGUUAACGAUAGGCCCAAGUUUCUGACUCUGGUCGCCAGCCAAUCGUUUGGGAAGGCUACCCGAACACUUUGGGAGCGAUACGCAAUCGGGAAAGACAAGGCAUCGGUGGUUGGUUAUAAUGCUCUCUUAACCCGUAUUGUGAGGCUCUUCACGCGAAUGGCCAGAUUGAUUGAGGCAGAUCUUCCGGACAACGGCGAGGAUGCAUCUGAUACGUUGCAAAACGAACAACUCGGUGAUAGUUCCAUUAAUAUAGGAUGGGAAGUAAAUCAUGCAGGUAGCAACCACGAAGCAUCAUCCAACGCUUCACAGCGGAGAGAUCCUAAUGGCAAGCCCAGUGUAGCUGAACUCAGUGAGCGUGCCAAAGACAUCAGACUUUUCGUGCAAAGGGUCAUAGAGGCUUUUGUUCAAGUCCAUGAACCACUAGCACAUGCUAAGCAUGCGAAUUUAUCUUCGCUGGCGCGAGUUUAUUUUGUUAUUGGAGAUUUUACCAAAGGCUUCGAGGUCUUUAGAAACCUCAUUCGUCGUCGUGAAGUUCCGGACUUACACGACAUCAACAUCGGCCUUUCCGCUCUUGCUGAGCAUAAUCCUCGUAGCGCUGCUAGAAUGAUUGAAGUCAUGACCCAGAGGGGAAUUCAACCCAACUCAGUUACGUUCGGUACGGUCAUUCAUCAGGCACUAGUUCACGGGGACAUGCAACUAGUGGGGGACUUGCUUCAACUGGCACGUCAGGCUGGCAAUAUUCAACUUUCCCCUCAGGGACUAUUUUCACUUACCCGUGCGAGUGUCAUUCUAGAGGAUGGUUCCGGUACAAGGAAGAAUGCGCCUUUGAAGGAUGCAUUAGAACUUUUCAAAUCUUUACCGGACAAUGGGAGGCUUUCGUCUCCGGACAUGGGGAAGUUUAUGGUAUUUGCGGCUCUUCGGGAAGGCGAACCUGUGUUGGCCUUCGAGUUUUGGAAAUUGCUCUUAAAGUAUUCCUCGGAAUGGGAUGACCAGGAGCAAAUCUUCGUACGACGCCUCUUACGACGAAGUAUCAUUCAGACUCUAGGUUCAGGAAUGUCAAGGUCGAACAUGCUUAACCAACUUUGGGAGCGACCGCCAUAUCAUGCUAUGAAGUGACAAGACGUCUGCAACCCAAAUAAAGUAAUAUAUACACUACCCCAUAAUUCAUUCGCUCAUAAUAAACUACAACGUAUGGGACGAAGGGAACUAUGGUUCACGUGGAGGAAGGUUUAAAAAGUACCGAAUCGGAUUCGGGUGUUAUGUCCUGUAGAAACUUGAUCAUAUCAGAACGAAAGUGGAAGGCAUUGGGCGACUGGCCAGAUGGUGAG